AUGUCGCUGUCACUCGUAGAUGUCACACUGGAUGUUGCUGACAACAACUGCUCGGAAAGCGCUGUCGACGCUCUCAAGGCCCUCGCAAAGGGCAAGCGUCCACUGAGGAGUCUUUGCCUCCGCACAUGGGAGGUUGAGGACGAAGAUAUUCUCAAACCACCUGAUGGCAACUUCAAGUUGGACACGUUCGGCGACAUGUUCAUGCCCGGGCAGGACGGGGAGAUCGACUUUGAGCGGGAUAUCGCGGACUGGUUUAACAUACCUGGGGCAGCGGAUGUGCAGUCCCGCUCCUCCCUUGCUUAG